CUAAAAGAAACACAUUCGCAAUUCAUUCAAUAUCAGAUAUUCGACGAAGUUAAUAGUGGAAAGCAGACGUUUUAGAAUAUUUGUUUUUGUGUAGAAAAAAAUACGUUGUUUUUAAAAUUCAAAAAUAAAAAACAAAUAAUUAAAUAUAAACAAUCGUUUAAUCAAGAAGAUAUUUUAACAAAAUGGGUUGUACUUCUGGUGUAAUGAAAUGCGUUUUAAACAUUCUCAACUCCUUCAUGGCUAUUGGAGGCAUUCUGUUGAUUGUUUUGGCCACUUUGACUUUGAAAACCGCCCCACCUAAUUAUGUAAUGUACAUGUACAUUGUUGGUGGCAUAAAUUUAUGUGCCGCCUUAUUGGGUUGUUGCGGUAUUUGCCACGAACAUGUCUGCAUGACAGCUACGUAUGCUUUGAUCUGUUUGGCAACCUUGAUUGCUCAAAUUUGCAGCAAAGUUUAUUCAUUCGACUAUGUAGCUCCGAUUAAGAAAUUCGCUCGGGAAGAUGUUGAAAAGACAUGGCUCAUGGAAAUUAAAAGUCCAGGUGCUAUGGAUAACACACAACAAACCUAUGGAUGUUGCGGUAAAAUCGGACCAACUGAUUAUACUCCUCUCUUGCGUCCAAUUCCUAAAAGCUGUUAUCCCAAAGAACAAAUUGACAACAAUCAUAUCUUUACAACUGGUUGCAUUAAAGCUGCUGAAGAUAAAUAUGUUGAAAUCUUCGGUUAUGCCUCAACCGGCGAAUGGUUUGUUUUAGCAAUUACUGCUGUUAUGGUUAUUUUCUCCAUUUAUUUGGUCAUUCGUUUCCGCAGUAAACAACGUCAUUAUAAUUAUUAAUUCCUCAAAUUGGCGAAAAACAGUCGAUUUUCAAAUAGAAAAUUUGAAACAUUUGUUAUCAGUUUUUAAAUAUAAUUGUUUAAAUUUUAAAGUAAUAAUUGGCCAUUUUAUAAAAUCGA